GCUUGGCGCUUUAGUGUUUCCGCUGGGAGGAGAGAGAGAGAGAGAGAGAGCGAGAGAGAGAGAGAGAGAGAGAGAGAGAGACUACGCUGGCUGCCUUCAUUCUGACCGUAAUAAGCAGGCGCGCAACAGAAAGGAAAGCAGCGCUCGAGCUCUCAAUCACCCGUUUCCACCCCGCAUCGAUCAACAGCCAUCGGCGGGGAGAGAGAAAGAGAGAGAGAGAGAGAGAGAGAGGAGAGAGGAAGAGAGAAAAAGAGAGAGAACGGAGGGGGGGAGACAGGGGAGAAAGAGAUUUGCAGCUGCCGCAGUGAGCUCGCGACUAACACGGCGGCUUUCCAGCGUUCGUCUGUCCCGACCUGACGACGCACCGAUCACCCAGCAGCCUACAUCUAAUCAGCACCGGAGCUCGUGCUUGUCUUCUCCACGCGACGGGGAACGAGACAGACAGGGACGGAGUGAGCGAGCGAGCGACUGAGUCGGGGGGAGCUCUCGAGAGCGGGGAAGAGAGGUGCCGACCCUUCCUCGCGCACAUUUCGGAUAGGAGUCUGGCGUCUGCGGUGAAGGACUAGUGAGGGGUGAACACUCCAAAAUCAACAGAACAGAGUUACUACCUGGGUCCUCUAGAGGGGGGCUGGCCACACAGGUGCCUGAGGAAAAAUGAUGCAGGUGUGGACACUCUUCACUCCUCCACCACCAGAGGGUGCUGUUGACACCUGCCCUGAGCCCGCUCUAUCGUCUAGGACUUCAGACGGUCACAUCCUAAACCUUUGGCUCUGUCCUAAGCCAAGACUUCAGGCAGCUGAGUUCUAAGCCACAGGUGGUGGCGUGCCAAACAGCAGCUGGCUGUAUCCUUCUCUAGGACUUCAAGAAUCUCCGGGUUCAUUGAAUUCAAAAUGGAAUUUUAGAACCUCACAUUGUUACGGAAUAGAAUCUUGGGUUAGAAUGUUCAAAAGUGCCCUGCUGAGGGUUUAGAGACCAUGUGACCGCUCCACAGAGAGACCACACAAUGACCACCCUGCAGAGAGGCCCACUGGAGCAACACUCCGGAGUCGCUCGCGUCACGCCUGAACCCGACAGCCGACUCACAGGAGCAUGACCCUGACGCCGCGCAGUGGAGGCACACACAGGAAGUGACACAGGAAGUGACCCCAUUGGUCCGUCAGCUAAAUCCUUCCCCUCACGGAGCUGCGACUCGGGGGACGUUUUUCACCUGACCAGUCAAGUGUGUGUGUGUGACGCUGCCACCAGGUCCUGGGUCGCCAAGGCAACACCUCGCCAUGCAUCCCACGGGGCCUGUGGAGGGCACAAGGUCGUUUCCACGGCGAUCGCUGGCCGGCACGCAGGCAGAGAGGAGGCGGAGCCUGUUGAGCUGGUGGGCGUCGGCCGGGGCGGUGGCGCUGGUGCUUGCGUUGUCGUGGACGCCGGGUUGCCGCGGCGACUGCUGGCUGAUCGAGGGGGAGAAGGGCUUCGUGUGGCUGGCCAUCUGCAGCCAGAACCAGCCGCCGUUCGAGUCCAUCCCGUUGCACAUCAACAGCACCAUCGUGGACCUGCGGCUCAACGAGAACAAGAUCCGCUCCGUCCUGUCGCGCCCUCGGCGCUCAGCGGCCCGCUGGCCUCGCCUCGAAACCUCCCCACCAGAGCACGACAUCUCCUACGUGGAGGAUGGGGCCUUCUCAGCGCUCUUUAACCUGCAGGUGCUGCAGAUGGGCUUUAACCGGCUGCGUAACCUGACGGAGGCCAUGCUGCGGGGCCUGGGGAAACUGCAGUACCUGUACCUGCAGGCCAACCUCAUCGAGUCCGUCAGCGCCAACGCCUUCUGGGAAUGCCUGGAUCUAGAGAAUGUGGACCUGUCCAUGAACCGCCUGCAGGUACUGGACGGCGGCACGUUCCAUGGGCUGCCCAAGCUGAGCACGUGCGAGGUCUACUCUAACCCGUUCAGCUGCACCUGCGAGCUCCUGGCUUCCCUGCGUUGGCUGGCCAACUUCCCCAACCGCACGCGCGAGCGCAUGGCCUGCGACUCUCCGCCCGGUUUCCACGGCUACAGCCUGCUCAGCCAGAACCCGCGCAUGCCCACCUACCGGAACGCCUUCCACGCUCUCAAGACGGUCUGCGCAGACGACCCCCGCAGCGGCGGACCCGGCGCCAACACCUACCUGUUCACCCGGCGGGGUCGGGGAGUGGCCGGGGGAGGAGGGAUUCCCGGCGGCGGCCAAUCGCGUUGCGAGGAGUGCGCUUCGGGGUCCCCGCCUCCUCCGGACGAGCCAAUCAGCACGAGUCGCGUGAACCUGGGUCCGGGGCUGGUGGGAGGCGGCGGAUCUGGCUCCGGGCCAGUGAUGACCCUGAAGGACCUGAGCACGACGCUGCAAGGCCACACGGCCGUGGUCUCGGUCCACAUCCCCGACCCGUUCCGCAAGAUGUACGUGCUGGUGCAGUACAACAACAGCUUCUACACCGACAUCCAGCCGCUGAAGCUGCCGCGCGAGGAGCUGGAGCUGUCGCGCCUGCGGCCGCACACCGACUACACCUACUGCGUGGUGUCCGUGCGCAACGCGCUGCGCUUCAACGAGACGUGCCUGACCAUCCCCACGGGGCCCCGCGCGGUGCGCGAGCGUCUGCCCGGCGAGUCCAACGCCACGCACUACAUCAUGACGCUGCUGGGCACGCUGUUCGGAAUGCUGCUGGCGCUCGGCGCCGCCUGGCACUGCGUGCGGAGGAAGAGGAGGGAGGAGGAGCGCAGCCGCAAGCUCAGCCAGAUGAAGAGGAGUCUGAUGGAGCUGCGCUACGGGGGCCAGGCCGAGGGCGCGGUCGGGGGCGGACCCGGGGGAGGAGACGACAGGGGGUCCGUUCACAGGAUGCCCCCCAUGGAGGCGUACCAGCUGCAGCUGCAGGAGGUGAUGAUGGACACGCCCCUCAGGGGAGGAGGGCCCUCUGGCGCCCCCAAGGGGAACUACAUGGAGGUGCGUCGGGAGGAGCCCAUUCCGGCGUCGCAGCUGUGCGACCCCGAGCAGGAGCGGGGGGGGGCGCCGACGACGACGGACAUCCUGGGGCCGGAGGAUGUCGGAGCGCAGGGUUCCGUGGCGGAGAUCUCCACCAUCGCCAAGGAGGUGGACAAGGUCAACCAGAUCAUCACCAACUGCAUCGACGCGCUCAAGUCAGAGUCCACGUCCUUCCAGGCGCCGCCGCCCCCCGGGCUCGUCUCCAUGGCGACCGGCGGCGACCCUCAGCUGGUGAUGUCGACGACCUCGACGUCCACGGGGUCGGACCGACGCUGCUCCCCGUCGUCCCUUAGCGGACGCGCAGGCGUCUUCCUGUCUCCCGCCUACAAGGGCCGAAGCCCCGCCUCCCGUCCCGCCCUCCAGCGACACCACAGCGUGGAGGCCCCUCCCAUGAAGCGGUUCGCUCCCUCCUCGAGGUUCCCUGCGCCGCCUCUGGCAAGGGGGUUGCCACGCAUCCUGGAGCCGCUAUCGAUACCACGGCAGCGUGAGCUCGCCUAUUCCCAGCUGUCACCGGAUGACUACCCGGAUUAUCAGGAGCCCUACCAGGAGGAGUUCCAGGACUAUCCAGAUGGGGGCAGCAGUGAGGGGUCCAGCAGCCCGGAGAUGUCCUGUGGCGGCGCGCUGGGCCUGUGGGAACGAUUCCGCUUCCACCGCAAGCGCCAGCGGCACCACCAGGGCGGCGACGAGUACCUGGCCGCGGGCCACGCCCUCCGCCGCAAGGUGCAGUUCGCCCGCGACGAGGACCUCCACGACAUCCUGGACUACUGGAAGGGCGUCUCCGCCCAGCAGAAGGCCUGAGGGGGGAGUGUGCACACACACAUGUGCCCCCCCCACACACACACACACACACAAACACACACAACACACACAUACACACACAUACACACACAGACAAUCUUUGUUCGAGAGGAGGAUUUCUGCGACAUCCUCUUCAAGGACCACUUCAAGAGGGUGUCUGGCCAGAAGGCCUGAGAUGAAACACAUAUAUUUAAACACACCCACGCUUACACACACACACACACACACACACACACACACAUACACAUUUUCACAAACACACACACACAAAUUUAUACACACACACACACACACACACACACACAAACACACACACACACACCCACACACAUUAACACAAUUGGAGCAUUAAUAUUGAUGUUUUAGAGACUGAAAGCUCUUCAGUUCAGGACACAGGAUACUAUGAAUAGGAGAUGGAGGCUUAAAUCACACACAUACACAGACACACACACACACACACACACACACACACACACAUGCAUGCACACACAGACACACACAAACAUGCACAUCACACAAGCACGCACACACACACACACACACACAAUUACUGACACAUGUUUGUCUAAGAUGAAGACCUGCAUAAUUUAUUCUAGACUAGGUUGUGAAAGUGGAGCAAACACACAUACACACACACACACACACACACACACACAGACACACACACACACACAAAUACAGAUGCACACACACACACAUAAAAAUAAAUGUACAUAUAAACAGACACAGACACAGACACACACACACACACACACACACACAGAUCUAUGUUUAUGAUGCUUGUUCUACUGCAUUCAAAGGAGAGUGUGGACACAAAUUUAUGACCUUACGAGUUUUACGUUUCGUUAUUUUUAAAAAAUAUAUAUCUCCACUGCUCUUCACAUGUGACUUUACAAGUUUUAUGUUUCGUUAUUUUAAAAAAAUAUAUCUCCACUGCUCUUCACAUGUGACUUUACGAGUUUUACGUUUCGUUAUUUUUAAAAGUGUAUCUGCACUGCUCUCCACAUGACUUUUACGAGUUUUACGUUUCGUUAUUUUUACAAAUGUAUCUGCAACGCUCUCCACAUGUGACUUUACGAGUUUUACGUUUCGUUAUUUUUCAAAAUGUAUCUGCACUGAAAAUGGAUCUCUGAAUGAAAAUGAGUGUGCGCUGAACUCUUCAUGGACUCUGGCCAUCAGACACGUACAAGCCUGCCUCGAGUUGCGUGGAACAUUAGAACAUUAGCUUGGAACUUGGAGAUCCAGUGGUUCUUCUGAGGAACAUUACCCAGUUUCUCUUGGAGGGAAACUUCACGCUGUGUUCCCAGAGAUCCCGAUGGCCAGCGGGUCAUGGAUCUGAUGACCUUUGAUCUCUGACCUUUGAGACUGCUAUUCUGCUUUGUUUUUAUUGUGUACUAUUAGCAGCGAGAGCAUUAGCAUAUCCUUAUUCUUACUACGGCUAAUCUUUAUUGUUACUAUUGUUACUAUUUAACAUUACUAUGGUUACUAUGGUUACUCUUAUAUUCCUGAUUAUUAGUCGUAUUCUCAUUGCUUUUGAUAGGCAGGACUGUGAAUGAAUUAAUCUGGACCCAGAUGUGGUCUGGAAUAUAAUGCUGUCUGACUUAGUAUAACAUGCAGGUAUGCACACACACACACACACACACACACACACACACACACACACACACACACACACACACAGACACACACAGACACACACACACACACACA